CAAGUGCAUGUUCUAAUGGUGACAGCGGCAAUGCAAGGUCACCUAAACCCAAUGCUAAGGUUCGCCAAACGCCUUGUCUCAAAUGGCGUUCAUGUAACCCUAGCAACCACCGAACUCGCCCGCCAGCGAAUGCUCAAGCACAAUACUUUCACUUCCCAAAACACCACAAUACAGCUUGAGUUCUUCUCUGAUGGCCUUAGCCUUGAGUUUGACCGUGAAAAGAAUCUCGAGCUCUUUGUUGAAUCGCUGCGAACCACAGCAUCCAAAAAUCUUUCAGAUCUCGUUACCAACCUAGCCAAGGACAACAAAUUUUCUUGCAUGAUUGUCAAUGGCUUUAUGCCAUGGUGGGCUGAUGUUGCUGCCGAGCAUGGCAUCCCGGCCGCGAUGCUUUGGAACCAAGCUUCUGCUAUAUACUCCAUAUACUAUCACUACUUUAAGCAUCCAGACUUGUUUCUCGAUUUGGAAAAUCCAAAAGGGGUCGUACAGUUGCCUGGAAUGCCAUUGUUAAAGAUAGAAGAUCUUCCUUCGUUUAUCUUCCCUACAAAAAACGCAUGCAUGACAAAAUUGGUUUCUGAAUUUGUGCAGUAUUUGGAUAAGGUAAAAUGGGUUUUGGGUGUUUCUGUUUACGAGCUCGAGAAGGAAAUAGUAAAGUCCAUGGCUUCUCUCACUCCAAUUCGCCCCAUUGGUCCACUGGUGUCGUCAAUUCUACUAGGAAAAGAAGAAACUGUUCCCCUUAAAGUUGAUAUGUGGAAUGCCGAAGAUUAUUGCAUAGAAUGGCUAAACAAUCAGCCACCUUCCUCUGUCAUUUAUGUCUCCUUUGGCAGCAUGAAGGUAUUAUCACAAAAGCAAAUGGACAACAUAGCCAUAGGGUUGAAAAAGAGCAACAAACCUUUCCUUUGGGUAGUUAAGCCACCGGAGAAAGGCUCAGAGAGGAAAGCUGGUGAACUGCCACUAGGGUUCUUGGAAGAGACCGAGGGGAUUGGUCUGGUGGUCAGUUGGUGCUCCCAGGAGAAGGUGCUUAUGCACCAGGCAGUGGCUUGCUUUAUGACUCAUUGUGGGUGGAACUCGACGCUGGAGACAGUUGUCGCCGGGGUGCCCGUUAUUGCUUAUCCGGAGUGGACGGAUCAGCUGACAAAUGCCAAGCUUUUAACAGAUGUUUUUAAGGUCGGGGUGAGAAUAAGAAAUGGAGAAGACGGGGUUGCUGGCGCAGAGGAGGUUGAGAGGUGCAUUGUAGAGGUCAUUGACGGGCCAAGGGCAGCAGAGAUAAAGAAGAGAGCGAUGGAGUUGAAGGAGGCUGCCAAGAAAGCAGUGGAGGACGGUGGCUCUUCUGAACACAACUUCAACCAAUUUAUCGAUGAGAUUGCUCGAAAACCUUGCCGUGCUCUUUAG